UAUAUGAUGAUAUCAAUAUUUGAGAUCUCAGCAUUAAAAUUUAGUUUACUAUUUCUGUCGAUCUCCUUCACCGCACAGUACCACACGGCCAAGGUUAACAAAGCAUAGCAGCAGGCCACACCGUUCAAGUUCUGCCCACUACCAAAGGGUAUAGAAGGAAGCGUGUAUAGCAACAAGCAGCAGGCCAAAGAAUCCGAGUUCAUCUCGAAACAAGAAAAGCAAAACAAAACAAUGGCAACACCAAAAGCUGAAGGAACUGAAGUUGUUAAGAUUGACAUUGAUGCAUUAGCAAGUGAAAUGGAUAAAAUGGUGUUGGAUAAUUUUCCAAUGCUACCAAAACAUACAACUCCAUGCAUCUUUAGAGCUCCAAGCAUAAUGUCCACACAUAAUCCAGAAGCUUACACACCGAAAGGAUUUUCAAUUGGUCCUUUCCACUACAACGAACCUCAUCUCCAAACCACCCAGAAAAUCAAAAUGAGAUAUAUGGAUGAACUCAUCUCCUCAUGCUUUCCAGAUACAGAUCGUAAGAGCAAAUUGAAGGAUCUCAUAGCUGCAAUUAGCGAGGUUAAAGAUGAGGCUUGGCAGUGCUAUGAAGGAUCUUUCGAUAUGAUAAUAAGUAUGGAUGAAUUUGUUAAACUUUUGGUACUUGAUGGUUGUUUUCUCAUUGAGUUUUUUCGCAAACACAUGAAUAUGGAGCUUCAAAAAUCAAAUGAUCCCAUCUUCGAGGCUAAUAAUUAUAUGAUGUCAUUUCUCAACAAUGACUUGAUUUUGUUGGAAAACCAAAUACCUUGGUUGGUGCUUGAUUGUUUGUUUCAAAAAAUUAUGAGUCCAGAAGAAAUAGUAGAGCUCCCUUUGAUUACACUAGUCACUGAUUUCUUCAGUGAUUGGUGGUUCUCUACCCAAGUGGAAAAUAAUUUUGAAGAGGUUCACAAAUGUGAAAACAAACACAUUCUUGAUCUAUUGAGAAACUCAUUAAUAUUGCCUUCAACUAUAGCAAAACAAAAACCAACACCAAUAGUAAAUUGGAAAAUGAUGACAGCUACAAGUUUACAAGAGGCUGGAAUUAAGUUGAAGAAGGCUAAAAAUGGUACUACUACUAGUAUUUUAGAUAUUAAAUUCAAGAAUGGUAUCUUGGAAAUACCCCAACUAAGUCUUCAUGGUGUCACUGAGACUUUGUUUGAGAAUCUAAUAUGCUUAGAACAAUGUCUCUUACAAUGAGUCAUCACUUCUUACAUGAUAUUUCUGAACCAUCUCAUUGAUAGUGCCGAAGACAUGGAAAUAUUAGUAAACAAUGAUAUUAUGGAAAAAUAUAUGGAAAUGGAUGAUGCAACCAUAUUUUUCAACCGAAUCUCUAAUGGUACUAUAUGUCAACAUUAUUAUAUUGAUAUUGUUGAUGAUAUAAAUAAAUAUUGUGGACGUAGAUGGCCGAGAUAUCGAAGAGUGCUUAAGCGUGACUACUUCAAACAUCCAUGGGCACUUAUUUCUGUCUUAGUUGCUGUUACUCUUCUCAUUCUUGCUUUCUUACAGACUGUAUUUACUAUUAUAAAAUAGUCAACUAUUUAUAGAUAUAUAUUGCAUGUUAUUCGUGAAUUUAAUUUGUCAUAAGUUGU